AUGGAAUUCUCACUCGAGACUGGUCGGCCGAUGAAGCAUGUCGAUCGCAAGGCUCUGUAUACCCACCUGGAGGCACGCAUCACCUAUCUUCGAGACUUCCUGGACUUUAACUCAAGCGACGUCGAAGCGCUGGUAGCAGGUUCCAAAUACAUCAAAGCCUUGAUUCCGGCGGUCGUCAACAUCGUGUACAAGAAACUCCUCGAGAGCGACAUCACCGCACGUGCCUUCCACACUAGAGACACCGCCGACGAGACACCGAUAGAAGAGUUCUUCUCCGAAGACAGCCCCCAGAUUCAACGCCGGAAGAUGUUCCUGCGAUGGUACUUGACCAAGCUCUGCUCCGACCCGUCCCAGAUGGAAUUCUGGCGGUACCUGAACAAAGUUGGAAUGAUGCACACGGCUCAAGAACGACUUUAUUCGCUGAAUAUCGAAUACAUCCACAUGGGCGCAUGCCUGGGAUACAUCCAGGAUAUCUUCACCGAAGCUCUCAUGUCGCACCCCCACCUUUCCCUGCCACGCAAGACCGCCCUGAUCCGGGCGAUCAGCAAAAUCAUCUGGAUCCAGAACGACCUCGUGGCGAGAUGGCGCAUGAGAGAUGGCGAGGAGUAUGCCGACGAGAUGUCCGAAAUUAUUGUCGAUGACAAAGAAGGUUACUUGGGCGACAAGAAGAUCCUGGGCGACAGCAGUUCUGGCACAUCGAGCGAGGAUGACCGCUCCAGCAUCCGAAGCGGCAAUGUGGCCACACACACUCCUGCCUGCCCUUUUGCUGACAUGGCACCGACUGCAUCCGAAACGAAGAUCUGGGCUGGAAAAUGA